GUAGGCCUACAUUUAUUGUUCAUUCUCUGCUCAAGGACGGGUGGUGCUAAUCUGUGCUCGAACUUCUCAGCUCCUCCAGAACGCGUGACCGCUGCUCGCGCAUGCGCACUUUACUAAUUAUGAGUCAUUAUAUCGCGCAAAUAUUAAAAACAUGGCCCUUUUUCGUCUGCAAGGCCAGGGAGUGUGGCCCGUUACUCAUUCAACCGUGCGGUGACCGGAUGGGGGUGAUCAGCGUGUUAUUAAAUCGAGCCGACGGGUACAAUGGGAAAAUCAAUUCAAGCGUUCAAUCGGGUUUCCAAACCGUGCACUGAGUGCGUUCUCAUGAUGUAACAUACGGUUCAAGUGCAGUCUAUGCGGUGGUGUGUGUACACAUGACACUUGUGUCAUUUCGUGUGGAGUUUCGUUGUGGAGAAAGUGACUAAAAUAGACGACUUCCGCUGGAACCUGCGCCCACGUGCUGCUCUGUAUAUUGCGUCUUCAAUGACCAUCACGACACAAAGGUUCAUGCCGAAUCUCAGAGAGUAGUUUUGGAGCCUUUGUCCUCCAUGGUCGGGCCGUACAGUUGCACCGUGGAUCUGGAGGACACUACAGCCCACUUUGUGUAUGUAUACGGCUGAAUCCCCUGGACAACAAUACAUCGAUCGGCAAAACAAGGUUACAGUAUUCUGGCUGAUUCAUCGGAACAACACGCUGCGUUUGUGCCAAAACACCACAAAUUUAUCGUAGUCACAAAGUGCUUUGUGUUUCUACCUCAAAACCAAACCCGUUUUAGACGUGAGCUAGUGACACUUCCAGGAACACUGUUUUUAUAGUGAUGGAAUUUUAGUAUCGGACCGAUUACCGUACUCGGUUAUAUUCCAUAAAAAUUAUGCCACAGACUUUGGUCUCACCGAAUCUCCAGGACUAAUGAUUGGAGUGUGCUUGAAUUCAACGUGCUUUAUCUGCUGUAGGUAGCGUCAUCAUGCCAGCAAAGCGUGACGGUCCACUUUGGAUCACUCUGAGAUAAACAUUUGUACUCACAUAUCAUGCCGUUAUAAAUGGAACUAUAUCCAGUAGAGGAAAUUCAGCAAGCACAUGACCAUGCUGCCAGGAGAGAUAUCCCACAAAUAACUUCUGGUCGGUUCCACUUUCGAUGAUGGCCACUGAAGUCAUCUGGAAUUAUCAUAAGCCACGUUGCUGCGUAACUAAAUAACGAGUGUCGUAAAUAUCGCGUUGCCAUGAGUUUUGACAUACGGGAAGCGGUGACUGGGCAUCCGAAGACGGCCCAGUUCACCGACGCGUUGUCGGUGGUGGCGGUGGGACUGAACAGUUCGUCACCCUCGGGCAGCCCUGACUGGCGGCCCGCUGCCGAUGCGAUGUGCGGGGACCUGUACGAGAAUCACACGUGCUCCUCGGACCUGGACGCCCGCUACGUGCAAGCUGUGCUGGGCCUGAUAAGCUUCGUCCUCAUCAUCUUCGGCAACGGGCUAACCAUCCUGGUCAUCCUGACAGACCGGCAGCUUCAUAAUGUAUCCUUCCUGGUCAUCUUGAAUCUAGCACUUGGGGACUUCCUUCUUGGAAUCGUCAGCCAGCCUCCUUCCGUCUACUACGCCUUCACCUGCGUCUGGCCCAGCGGCAGCCAGGGAUUUCUGUGUCAGUUUGUGGGUUUCUUCAUCUGCCUCUUAUGCUCCGUGUCCAUACUCUCCUUAGGACUCGUCAGCUACGAGCGAUAUCUCUACGUAGUCUGUCCCUUCGAGUACCAGAAUAAGAUGACGUUCGGGCGAGUGAUAUUCAUCUGUGCCUUGCUGUGGAUAUACUGCACGAUAGCUGCCGUGUUCCCCGUGUCCGGACUUUGGAAGGGGGUCGGGCUGGUCCCAGACACGGCCCUGUGCAAUAUUCUCUGGCACACCGAACCCAUCUUCAUGUGGGCCAUGAUCCUCCUCGUCCUGUUACCCUCUGGUAUAGUCAUCGUGUAUUCGUAUUAUAAGAUCCUUCGCAUGACACGAACCAUAAAACGUUUGGAAGCCCGGUAUCGCCAGGCGAUCGAGCUGAAUCCGAUGGCACCGGCGUCCAAGAACGGCGCAACCCGGUCCAGGAACGGCUCCACCCAGUCCAUUCAGGGUCUGUCGAACACUCCAGGAAGCAGCACCCCAGACAGCCUCAUGUCCGUAGCUGAUGGGGCCACUCAAGGCACUCCGGCCCCCUGCGCGACUCCGGUGACACUCCGCAAGAUGAGCCUAGGCAACGCCCGCAAGGUGGCCAAAGUCUUCGUCAAGGAGCGCAAGUCCACCAUCACCGUCACGGUGCUCAUCGGUACAUUUGUGGUCUGCUGGACGCCUUACGUGAUAGCCCAGAUCAUCCAGGCCAUGUGGUGCCAGUAUACCAGCUUCUGGGUGGCCGGCAUUACGCAGUGGCUUUGUAUCUUUAACAGUGCCUGCAACCCUAUCGUCUACGGGGCCACGAACAAGGCUUUCCGGGAGGGAGUCAAACGUUUCUUGCGACGGUUUGGGUUGUGCAGGCGAAGACAUGAUCGGAACCUGGCAGACCCCACCCGGACUCCAUCGAGGGGUAGGCCCAGGGUAGACGCGCUACGAGCAGAGAGUCAGGAGGAGUUGGACUCGCUUGCCUGACUCCAACUAGUUCAAUUAUUCAUAAACUCUUUAAAAAAAACUGUAGUCAAUUAUGAUUGGAAAACAGUCAAACUUGUGUCAAGCAGAUGCAAGCAGCAGCUAUUUACAUUGAAUGCAAAAUGCUAAUGGGACUGUUCCUCAGCCGAAACUGACUACAGUUUUUUAGAGCGUAAAUAUAAUUCUCGUGAUAUAAAUUGAAAAAAAAAUCUUAUUGUUGUUCGAACUCGGCGAUUAUAUUUAUAAAAUCGUAUAAUUUAUUUAGUCUUUCACUACAAGCCCUAUAGAUUUCAGCGCUCCGUUGCAAUACAUAAUUUUAUUACACAUUCCCUUGAACUCGGCAAAUCGUUUGAUUUGAAUUUUAGGAAUACGUCUGAUGCUUAUUGAAGACAUGAAACAGACAAAAUUGCCGAAUGUCAAUUUUUUUUAAUUUGUUGAAAUUGCUGUAUGUGAGCGUUUACAAAACUAUAGUGCAGAUACCUUUAAUUAUUAAACUUGACUUUUGGGUAAGUGUUUUAUAUAAUGUACUUGAAACAGACACGAACCGGUUACCCAACUUGAAGGCUAAUUUGUAAAAUCAGUACAAAUUACAAGAAACUCGAUAUUUUACAAAGUGAGUGAUUUAUUCAAGGAAGGAGGUAUCGUAUGUGUGAGCAAAAACGUUAAUGUUAUAUUUUCCAAACAGGGAUUACUUUUUCUCCAUAUACCAGACGAAAUACUUAUACUUUUUAAUCAUUCCUGGUUUCUUUUCGUUUUUGUUGAUCUUUUCUAUGUUGUUUUUUGACGAUGCCCGCAUUUUUACACACCGCCUUUAUACAAGCAUUGCCAGACACAAGGUCGCUCCAGCUGGGCAUUUAUUUCAAAAACAAUUAAUAAUUUCGUCAACCGAAGAAUAAUUCAAGGCAAAACAGAGGCUGUUGAUUAAAUUUGCAUUUAUUAUUCCCUUAUGCAGAUUCAACUAUGGUAAAGGUUUUUUUUUGAAGUACAUGCAUUUAUUUUGUGUAUAGUCCAUGUCAUUUUCCGAACCGUUGUUGUCUGUGUCUACUCAUGGACAUCUUACACUGAAUACGUUACAAGUAAUUUAAAUCUACCAGGCUUUUUUCCAACCGCAGUAAAGUACAUGUGAAUUACGUGUUAUGUUUGCUCAUCUAAUGGUGUCAUGAACUGAAGCAGAAAACUAAAUAUUUUGACCAGAUUUACAUUCCAAUAUCCUGUGUUAUUUUUCUCACAAGAAAUAUCUAAUAACUUUAUUGCGUACUUAUGCAGAGCACUCCAGAUUGCAUAUUAAUUAUGGGGUUGCUUAUAAUAUAAUGCAUAUGCAUUGCAAUGCACAAACUGUUGCAGUAUUAUUGUCAUCAAUGUUCAUGAAAUGGAAUUUCAAUUAACGAGCUUACGUCAGGUGUGACCCUUUUCUUUCACACGCAACUUUCAGUUUAUAUACGUCUUUAAAAAUGCGAGAAAGAGAAAGCGCGAAUACAUUAUUGCUCUGUGUUUCUUCAUGUUGUUAUUCACCGACUGAAACUUCAUCAAAACAACACACUGUUGAUAGCACAGUCAAUAUUCGCCCCUGGAAAACUGGAUCGUUUUAAUUAAAAACAGUUUCAUUUUUACAUGUGCUCGUGGGAAUGAGCUGUCGUUUACAUUAUGGCACGUAAGCUUCGCUCAUUGACGGAUAUCAAGUGUCUUGUAGUAUCGUUCAACGACAGUGCUUUAUCCAAUCUGUAUAAGCUUCAGCACACAUGUGUGUUUUAUCAUCAAAACUAAAUCUUUUACUUUUUAAAAUUGUCAUAAAUACUUCACUCAUUUACCGAAAGGGUUUCUUUCGGAUUGAACUUCUUUGAUCGCCAAUUGGCUUUUUGCAUCAUAUUUCAAGAAUUGUAUUGUCACAGCCAAAGACACCACUAAUAAUUCAAAACCAUUGUGCAAUAGGCGAGUUUCAAAGUAGCAUUGUAUGAAUUGAGGACCCGUUACAUUUGUUUUAAUCCUCUCAACAAAAGGCAGCACCCAGGCCCUCGGCUUCAGUGCCCAUUGGAAAUUCGCCAGUAUAACAUUAAUACGUUUAUUUUAUACCUGCGGUGGUAGUUUCGGGUACGGUUACAAACUUAUGGGACUGAUGUCAUGUCCAGAAAACACGGACACGAUAACAUAAAUUACACCAAAAUCUGGGUAGGGGGAAAUUGUUCCGGUUUAUUAAUGCAAUUCCUAUACGAUUCUCUGCUCACAUGCAUGUACAUGCCCGCAUGCAAUAUCACAUAACAGUCUAAGUACACUCCAACUGUGCUUGCAAUUUGUAUGGUCCGUAUUAUUGCAUGUAUAUGUUAUAUAUAUGCGGGUAUUACUUAACACAUGCAUAUUGACUGAAAGUGUCUUACGUAUAGUAAAAAUUGAACUGAAACCCAUCCUUUCUGAGAGUCCGAAGAUAAAGACUUCACCUAAAUUAGCUGUAAAAGUCAGACAACUAAAGGUUUCAGACAUUCCAAACGAAAUGUGUACAGUGAUGCCGUUUAUUGUUUUUCCAACUUCAUCUUAAAAUAGAGGAAAUAAAACUGGAAUAUAAAAA